UUCUGGUGGUUAAUGUCCGCGGUAUGGUUAAUUUGUCAGUCUAUUUCCAGAUCCAGUUGAACCAUUUAUCGAGAAUUUCAAGUUGCAGACUGCGUUUUCACUGCAAGUUUAAAGGCGAACCAGUGCACAUGAGCACGUCAUUAUUUCAACAGUUCUGAACUUGUUGAACGUCACAAUUUCGUUCUGUAUUCCAAAGCUGUCGCUGCGCGAGUGUCCGUUGUGUUUUGUUUCUGGUCGCCCUCCCCUAGUCAAUCCGCGGCAUUUAGAAGCACAUGUCAGUGGCUCCACCUCCCUCAUGUUCAUUUGGAGUGGUGUCCGCCUGUGUCCGCAGUUAAACGCUUCUACAGCAGGAGCACCGACACAUUAGGCUAUUGAUCUGAGAUCAGUUGAAGGUUCCCAGAGCCAGAAUAAUUCCGUGCGAUUUACACAAAACUGAGAAGUGCGAUUAAGAAAUACAGUUGUUCGUUGAUUGUGAAAGUACCAUUUUGGUUUGUCGAUUUAUUUAUUUGUAUAGACUGUAAACUUUAUUUUGAUAGCUGCCUGUUUUAUAAUGCCAUGAAGAAAAUGGUUUGACAAACUGUCAAAAAGAUAUCGCGUUCACUGGAAUAGAUAGUAAGGACCAAUGGUCGAAGUGGAGUGAGAGCCGUUUCGAGGAUAUUUUGCGCCGCCGAUCUUAUCACCUUUCGGUGUGCUGCUACAGACAUGACGCUCGGUAUGUCGGCAACCGGCAGUUCUGCGGAGAGUUGCUUCUGCUCGUGCUGUGGUGCGAAGAUGAUGCCCUACUUUUCCGACGACGGAGUCGCGUCUCAGAACCAGAUCAACCAACUCAUCAGCGAGAGCUUCCUGACGGUGAAGGGUGCCGCCCUCUUCCUGCCUCGGGGGAAUGGCUCCUCCUCUUCCUCGGCGCCUCGCCUCAGCCAGCGACGUAAUAAACAUACAGGUGACCUCCAGCAGCACCUACAGACCAUGUUCACUGUCCUGCGUCCUGAGGACAACAUCCGCCUGGCAGUGCGUCUGGAGAGUGCCUACGCCCAGCCUCAGUGCACCCGCUACAUGGUGGUGGUGUCUACCAAUGGGAGGCAGGACACUGAGGAGAGUGUGGUGCUGGGAAUGGACUUCAGCUCCGCAGACAGCUCUUGCACCGUCGGGCUGGUUUUACCCCUGUGGAGCGACACACUGAUUCACUUGGAUGGAGAUGGGGGCUUCAGUGUGUCCACGGUCAACAGGGUCCAUGUCUUCAAACCAGUGUCUGUACAGGCCAUGUGGUCUGCUCUCCAGUCUCUCCAUAAGGCCUGUGAGGUGGCCCGUUGCCAUAACUACUACCCCGGGAGUCUGUUUCUGACCUGGGUCAGUUACUACCAGAGCCGCGUCUCCUCUGACCAGGUCUGCAUAAACCAGUGGAACGCCAUGCAGGAUGUCCAGUCCCACCGGGCCGACUCGCCAAUCCUCUUCACCGACGUGCCAACGGAGAGGGAGCGUACCGAGCGGCUGAUCAAGACUCGCCUCAGGGAGAUCAUGAUGCAGAAAGACCUGGAGAACGUCACCUCCAAAGAGAUUCGUACAGAGCUGGAGAUGCAGAUGGUGUGCAACCUUCGAGAGUUUAAGGAGUUCAUCGACAAUGAGAUGAUCGUCAUCCUGGGUCAGAUGGACAGCCCCACAGAGAUCUUUGACCACGUCUACUUAGGUUCUGAGUGGAACGCGUCUAACUUAGAAGAGCUGCAGAACAGCGGUGUGAGGUACAUCCUCAACGUGACGCGGGAGAUUGACAAUUUCUUCCCAGGAAUGUUUGAGUACCACAACAUACGCGUGUAUGACGAGGAAGCCACCAACCUCCUGGAGUACUGGAAUGACACCUACAAGUUCAUAACCAAGGCCAAGAAGGCGGGUGCUAAGUGUCUGGUCCACUGUAAGAUGGGAGUGAGCCGUUCCGCGUCCACGGUGAUCGCCUACGCCAUGAAGGAGUAUGGCUGGGACCUGGGGAGGGCCUUCGACCAUGUGAAGGAGCGCCGUACCGUCACAAAACCCAACCCCUCUUUCAUGAGACAGUUAGAGGAGUACCAGGGAAUCCUGUUGGCCAGUAAACAGAGGCACAACAAGCUGUGGCGUUCCCACUCUGACAGCGACCUCUCGGAGCGUUACGAGACCCCGCUGUGUAAGACCAGACCCCACAGCCACACACUGGGCCGCUCUGACCUCCACCACCACGACGGGCCCGCCCCCUCCCUGAAACACCUCCUGGCCUCAGCCGUGCUCCAGGCGCUGGGCGGCGCCGACGAGCCCGACGGCCAGACGGAAGGCUCGCUAACCUCAGGCACAAACUCUGAGCCCUCCCGACUCACCCGUUCCCACUCCCACUCCCCGGUGUCUGGUCUGUCCAACGGCCUGGGUGAGUCCCGGGAGACGCUCUUCCUCCCGCUGCUUCCCCGGCCCCAGGCAGCCGCGGUGCACCAAGACGCCGUGGACAACUCGUCUCUGGCGGCUGUGGCCGUGACUGUGCCCGUCGCCGCCGUCCCCCACCCUCCCCCCUCGUUGCAUGUCCCCCCUCCGUCCCCCCAACUAUCGGCCAAAGUCCCCCACCUAGGUUUGAGCGGCCCACGGCUGCCCAGCCCUGUGCCUGAAUUAAAAUCUCACUGUGCUGCGCUGACCCUGGAUUUGCCUGACCCCGGCCGCUCCGAGGUCAUACCUCAGGCCGCCCUGCAGUCCAGCGACAAUGCCACCAAUACCUCGGGGCGCCCCCUGACUGACCCGCUGGGCGGUAGAGGGGACUGCGUCACCAUGAUCUCCCCGGGCGAACCCAUGGGCCCGGUCCCCCCCACCAUGCCUCUCUCUGAAGGACCCUGUGACAACGAUGACAAUAACAACCCCCGGGGCACCGCCGACCCCCCCGACGGUACCCACGCCAGCUCGUCCUCCAACCUCAGCACGGACAGCAUAGACUUUUUCAGCGCGCGCGAGAAGUUCCUGGGCCUGUCGGAGCAGGCGGCUCCGCGGACGCCCCAGUCUCGGUGCCCCACUCAGGAGCCGCGGCCGCUGUCUCUCGAGGACCCCGCCGGGGAACCCCCAGCGACCGAGCUGGAGGAGCAGGGAAAGAACUCCCCCACUACGGAAGACGGCUCGGCCCAAGCCUUGUCUCCUCACCCCGACAACGGCGUGUCAGUCCGCCAUCUUGUCACGGAGAUAGAGUCCAUAUCCCACCCCGCGGCCCCUGUCUGGUUCUCCCAGCAGCUGGGCCCCGAGGACCAUGAUGGGGAGACCCCACUGACCCCGCCCUGUUACCCACAAUCCCCCUCCACGCCGCCUUCCGAUUUGCCGGCCGGCUCAGUGCGCAGGGCCACUAAACAGCUGGAACAGAAGUUGAGGCAGGAGCUGGACUUGCCUCUCAGCACCUUGCCUAGCCAACGCUCACCUCUCCACACACCAAGUACUGACUCUCCUGCCGCAGACUGCCCCCCCCUGGUCUCUCCUGCCGCAGACUGCCCCCCCCUGGUCUCUCCUGCCGCAGACUGCCCCCCCCUGGUCUCUCCUGCCGCAGACUGCCCCCCCCUGGUCUCUCCUGCCGCAGACUGCCCCCCCCUGGUCUCUCCUGCCGCAGACUGCCCCCCCCUGGUCUCUCCUGCCGCAGACUGCCCCCCCCUGGUCUCUCCUGCCGCAGACUGCCCCCCCCUGGUCUCUCCUGCCGCAGACUGCCCCCCCCUGGUCUCUCCUGCCGCAGACUGCCCCCCCCUGGUCUCUCCUGCCGCAGACUGCCCUCCCCUGGUCUCUCCUGCCGCAGACUGCCUUCUGCAGCACAGGCUUACCUCUACUCCUGAUCUCCGAACUCUGACUGAGGUUUUCAGUGUGUCACAAGGAGACACAGAGUCAGCCAGAGGGAUGGAGCAGGGAAGGUUUGUUGUCUCAGACAUGGACAUUGGCCCACACCCUGUCUUCCCUUCCUACCCAAAUGCUCACCCCUUCUCUGGCCCUGUCCCCACCAUCGCGCUGCCUUCUCUGGAUCUGUCUCCGGCUCAUCCCCCCCCCUCUCCUACACGGCUGUGGCUGGAGGGAGUGACCGCCCUGGACUCGGACACGGACGGCCCAUCCCCGCUCCACCGCGGCAGACUGGCUCUGGCUCGCAGCAGCGAGGAGCUGGCCAAGAUCCAGGAGACCCUGAGGGAGCUUCAUGCUUUCCUGUAUGAGGCAGGGGGCUUCGGCGCUGGCAAGGGCCCCGGGACUUUGGGUCAGGCGGCUUCCCUCCACGGGCGGUAUCGCAGGGAGACGCCCAGGUGGCAGAGGGCCAUGGAGGUGGAGGCGCGAAUCCGCCAGGCGGGCCUCACUACCCCCUCACUGAUGAAGCGGUCGGCCUCGCUGGCCAAACUGGACUGCCUGGAGCUGUCAGCCAAUGACUUAAGUGACUGGGACCUCCGGCCCCCCACCAAAAACAACCACCGCCCUCAGGGACCCCCACCGGUGCCUAUCCCCAACCGCACCGGCCCAGACGACGUCUCCAAGAAGCUGCGCAUUUUGUCUGUAAGCCCGCCCAUCUCCCCCAGCCUACUGGAUCCAGACAGGACUGAGAGUGACAAUCCAAAGCUGGGGACUGAGGAUGAUCCCUCCCCUUCAGCUUUUCUCCUUCAAGGGGAGGAGCGAGAGGAGGGGCUGGAGACAGACCACUCCCCCCAGCUCACCUGCACCCAGUCCCCAAAGAGCGCUGUCCCUAUGGUGGCCAGCGCACGGCAACAGCAGCCGCUCGGGAAGAGUCACCCACAGCGCCGGCUCCGCAAGGCUGCUGACAAGAGACGGACUGCCACGCUGUUCUACAAUACCAUGUGACCUCAGUGGGUGGGACAGACCCUAGACAGAGUGUCUGAGAAUGAAUGUCUGUGUAUGUUGACGAGCGGUGUUGGAACAUGUGUAACCUGUUAGUGUGGACUUUAGUAGUCUGUGUGUCUUCAGGCAAAGUGUGUGCGUGUGUGUUUCUAUGUGAAUGUAUGUUACCGUGGAUCAGUGUGUUUUCAGUGCUUAAACUAGGGGGCUGUUUCUCAAAAACAUGCACUUUACUCGCUCUUGUUUUUCAUGUUUUUAAAUAUUUGUUGAAGUUAGUUUUCGUUUUGUUUUUUUACCUGGGGAGUAUUUUUUUGCACUGAUUUUAUGGUAGCCUGUGUCGAUCUACCUGUCUAGAAGAGUAUAAGUCACAUCCUUUUCUCCUUUUAAACGAGACGAAUUUGAUAUUCUUUUUUAUCCUGUGCUUAACUGUGACUAUUAAAGAAAUAAAAGUACAUUAUGAUCUUGA